GUCGUCUUGUCACAGUGUUCAUUUCUCUCUUUGCUUCCACAAAUCCUUAUAAUUACCAGUCCCAUAAUAUCGUUUUUAUUCACAAAUCCAAAAACAUGAAAGAACAAUAACAUUUAUUUGUUGUUUAAAAAAUGUUUUACUGUCUUCUUCUCCUUCUAUGUCUCUCCUCUACGUAUCUAAGUCUAUCACUAAACCAAGAAGCCACCAUUCUCCGGCAAGCCAAACUGGGCUUAACCGACCCAGCCCAAUCCCUUUCUUCAUGGUCCAACAACGACGUCACGCCGUGUCAAUGGAACGGCGUCAAGUGCAACGCUUUGUCAUCCGUCGUCUCCGUCAAUCUCUCCAGCUUCUUGCUCAUCGGUCCUUUCCCAUCCAUCAUCUGCACUCUUCCUUCUCUAACCUUCCUCUCUCUCUACGACAACUCCAUAAACGGUUCUCUCUCCGACGAUGACUUCACGUCGUGUCGUAAUCUCGAACAUCUCGAUUUGUCAGAGAAUCUCUUUGUCGGAUCCAUCCCAAAGUCACUCCCUUUCAAUCUCCCAAACCUCAAGUUCCUCGAUAUCUCCGGUAACAACUUAUCAGACACGAUUCCGUCCACCUUCGGAGAGUUUCAAAAGCUUGAAUCUUUAAACCUCGCCGGUAAUCUCCUCUCCGGUACAAUCCCUCCCACACUCGGUAACGUCUCGACUCUCAAAGAACUCAAACUCGCUUACAAUUUCUUCUCUCCGAGUCUCAUCCCGAGUCAACUCGGAAACCUCACGGACCUUCAAAUCCUCUGGCUCGCCGGCUGCAACCUCGUCGGUCCGGUACCUCCAGCUCUAUCCAAAUUGACCAGUUUGGUUAACUUGGAUUUGACAUUCAAUAAACUCACCGGUUCAAUCCCAAGUUGGAUCACAGAGCUAAGAAGCGUCGAGCAAAUCGAACUAUUCAACAACUCGUUCUCAGGCGAGUUACCGGAAUCUAUGGGCAACAUGACGUCGCUAAAAAGAUUCGACGCGUCGACGAACUUGCUGACAGGGAAGAUACCCAACGGCUUGAAUCUGUUAAACCUCGAGUCACUUAACCUCUUCGAGAACAUGCUCGAAGGUCCCUUACCGGAGAGUAUAACUCGCUCCAAAACGUUGUACGAACUCAAGCUCUUCAACAAUAGACUCACCGGAACUUUACCGAGUCAACUCGGGGUAAACUCGCCGUUACAGUAUAUAGACCUUUCGUUCAAUCAAUUCUCCGGCGAGAUACCGGCGAAUCUCUGCGGCGGAGGGAAGCUUGAGUAUCUAAUUCUUAUAGACAAUUCGUUCACCGGAGAAAUCUCGCAAAGUCUAGGAAAAUGCAAGAGCUUGACUCGGGUUCGGGUAAGUAACAACAAGCUCUCUGGUCACGUACCUGACGAGUUCUGGGGACUGCCUCGCUUGUCACUACUCGAACUCUCUGAGAACUCAUUCACCGGAAGUAUUCCGAAGACGAUCUCCGGUGCGAAGAAUCUAUCGACGAUACGAAUCUCAAAGAAUCGAUUUUUAGGUUCAAUCCCUGACGAAGUAGGUUCGCUUAAGGGACUGGUAGAGUUCUCCGGAGCGGAGAAUGGUUUCAAUGGUGUGAUUCCGAGUAGCUUGGUGAAGUUGAAGCAAUUGAGUAGGCUUGAUCUCAGUAAAAAUCAACUCUCCGGCGAGAUUCCUAGAGGUAUACGUGGUUGGAAGAAUCUAAAUGAGCUUAAUUUAGCUAAUAAUCAUCUCUCCGGUGAGAUUCCUAAAGAAGUUGGAACCUUGCCUGUUCUUAACUAUCUUGAUCUCUCAAGUAAUCAGUUUUCCGGUGAGAUUCCGGUGGAACUGCAGAAUCUGAAGCUUAACGUUCUCAACUUGUCGUAUAAUAGUCUCUUUGGUGACGUUCCUCCUCUGUACGCGAACAAAAUCUACGCGCAUGACUUCAUUGGAAACCCUGGUUUAUGCGUUGACGUUGAUGGUCUUUGUAGGAAGAUCACACGGUCUAGAAACAUUGGCUACGUUUGGAUUCUCUUAUUGAUUUUCACACUUGCGGGUUUGGUUCUUGUUGUUGGGAUCGUUAUGUUCGUUGCCAAGUGUCAAAGGCUUAGAGCUUUGAAGAGUUCUAGACUCGUUGCGUCUAAAUGGAGAUCCUUUCACAAGCUUCGUUUCAGCGAGCACGAGAUCGUUGAUUGUCUUAACGAACGGAAUGUAAUCGGGUUUGGAUCCUCUGGUAAAGUAUAUAAAGCGGAGCUUAGUGGUGGAGAAGUUGUAGCUGUGAAGAAACUUAACAAAACUGUUAAUGGAGGAGAUGAAUAUAGUGAUUCGUUGAAUAGAGAUGUUUUUGCUGCGGAGGUCGAGACGUUGGGAACGAUUAGGCAUAAGAGUAUUGUGCGUUUGUGGUGUUGUUGCAGCUCUGGUGAUUGUAAGUUGUUGGUGUACGAGUAUAUGCCUAAUGGGAGCUUAGCUGAUGUGUUGCACAGUGACCGCAAAGGCAGGGUGUUGUUGGCUUGGCCAGAGCGGUUGAGAAUCGCUGUGAAUGCUGCUGAGGGUUUAUCAUACUUGCACCAUGAUUGUGUUCCUCCCAUUGUGCACCGCGACGUGAAGUCGAGUAAUAUACUGCUUGAUGGAAAAUACAGGGCCAAAGUCGCUGAUUUUGGGAUUGCCAAAAUUGGUCAGAUGAGUGGUUCUAAUACGCCAGAAGCUAUGUCUGGGAUCGCUGGUUCUUGCGGUUACAUUGCACCAGAGUAUGUAUACACACUUCGGGUGAAUGAAAAGAGCGAUAUCUACAGCUUUGGUGUGGUGCUUUUGGAACUGGUUACAGGGAAGCAACCAACAGAUACAGAACUUGGAGACAAAGAUUUGGGGAAAUGGGUGUGCACUACACUUGACCGUUGCGGUUUAGAACCCGUGAUAGAUCCUAAACUCGAUAUCAAGUUCAAAGAAGAGAUUAGCAAAGUCAUUCACAUUGCUCUUCUUUGUACGAGUCCUCUCCCUCUAAACCGACCUUCAAUGAGGAAAGUAGUGAUCAUGCUGCAAGAGGUCUCUGGUGCUGUCUUUUGUAGCAGUCCAAACGCGUCUAAACGCUCUAAGAGCGGUGGGAAACUCUCGCCAUACUACACAGAAGACUUGAACAGCGUUUGAGCAUUCUAAUAUGGGCCGAGUUUGCUUUGGGCCGGGGAUAACGGUUUGAUGUUGUGAUGCUUGGUGAACUGAUAUCAAAAACAGAAAAGUAGAGCUUUCUAAUUAGGUGAUAGCUCUUGAUAAUGCUAGUAUAAAGCUACUAUAGUUGAUUUAUUACUAAGUUUGGAUAUUAAUUAUCCAAAUUAACGAAAUGUUUGUAACCUAUGUUUGGUUGGUCUACCCAAUAGUCAACCUUUCAUUUAGUCAUAUUCGGGCCCGUAGCCGCACUAAUUUGUAAACGGAUAUGCCAUAUUGCCAUUAUAAUUUUCUCAAA